CUCAAAGCGCAACGCGGUCCCAUCACCGACUACAGUUAAAGGGUCCAGAGUGUCCUGCUUCCGGAGUUUCCUGUCCUGGGAGACCACUUGCUCGUAAACGGCCAAGCCCAGAUCGUCCCACGCCCUCGUUAUGUGUGGUCCCAGUUAUUGCACUCUGCUGCUAAUCGCGGCUUCCUGCUACGUCCUCGUGGUCUGCAGUGAGGCCAAGGCCUUGCAGGGCACGAGCAAACUGGAUUUGGCAAAUCACAUCAGCGCAGGCUCUGCCAGAGGAUCAUCAUCAUCAACUUCAGCGGUGGCGGCCAUGAGUGAAGCCCGCCAGAAACGCGCCAUGGGCGAGUAUAAAGAGCUGACUGACAUCAUUGACGAGCUGGAGGAGAAUAGCCUGGCCCAGAAGGCGAGUGCCACAAUCCCGGUGGCCGCCGUGCCGCCGCAGGGCCAGGAGUUCGAUUUGGAUAGCAUGCCGCCACUGACCUACUACCUGCUGCUGCAGAAGCUGCGACAGUUGCAGAGUAGUGGCGAGCCCGCUUAUCGCGUGCGGACGCCACGCCUUGGCCGCAGCAUUGACUUUCAGCGGCUCCUGGACGCCGAGGGAGCGGCGGGAAUGGGGGGCAGCGAGGAGGCCACUGGCGGGCAGUUCAUGCAGCGCAUGAUAAAGAAAUCGGUGCCGUUCAAGCCCCGCCUGGGCAAACGUGCUCAAGUGUGCGGCGGCGAUUGAGUCACGACAAGGACGCGAGGACAUGGCACGGAAACCGGACGGAGGACGAUCCCAGGACAAGGUUGAGGCCAGGCGACUGGCCCUCGAGCUAACUUAACCCCCUUAAUGGCCAGCUGAAUUCGACGCGACGCAAAAAUAAUCCACAUAUGCAUAGUGAAUGACUAGUUACCAGCGCUAUAACCCUGUUUUUGAGAGGAACUAAUGAUGUGUAUAUAUAGUCUAUCUAUUUAUUAUUAAUUUGAAUAAAGUGCAGCCCCCAAAA